AUGACGGCCACGGCCUCAGAGAUGGGCACUCUCGGUAGCGCCAAAGAAGUGCUACAAGAGCCCAGUACGUAUCGAGCCGCACACCUGCUCGGAAUCACUGAGCGUUCAAUGCUUCCCUCUCUCGGUCUCCAUGGCGGCCUCAGUCUCGUCGCAUACGGAAUUGCUCGCACGACGAAUCGAGUCGAUCUCAAAGAUUACCUCUGGGCAACUGGAAUGGUAGCAAACGCAUGGUACACAGCGGUCGGACGACAUAUGAUCUUCUCUCCUCGCGCAGCAUCUUUCGCUCAGGCGCUCAGUAACCUCAGCUAUUCCCAGCAAGCUCUCCUUGGUGCAGUGACCGCCUGGGGCACUCGCCUCACAUACCGCGUCGUCAGCCGCAGUCUCGCGCGAGGAAAAGACGACCCGAGAUACGAAGUCGUAAAGAAGCAACCUGGGUUCUGGAACAAGGCAACUCUGCUCUUUGGCCUCGAAGCUGUCUUCCAAUCUCUGAUCUCGUUACCGUUUACCACGGCUUUCCGUACAGAUCUUCUUUCCGGCUUCACUGGUGCUCCGUCAGACUGGGCUCCAUGGGUUCGAUGGUCGGCUGCUGGACUCUUUACGGCGGGACUGUUCUUGGAAACCAUCGCCGACUGGCAGAUUGAUUCGCACAAGAAGCGAGAGGCGGUGAAGAAAGAGCAGGGCGGGAGUGGCGAGCUUUUGAGGAGCGGAGUCUGGAGCAUUGUACGACAUCCCAACUACCUCGGCGAUGCGUUGUGCCAUUUUGCCUUCCCUCUGUGGACCUAUGGUACGGGACUGUUCAGCUGGGCACAAGUGGCUGGCCCACUGGCCAAUUACUUCUUCCUCCGAUUCAUUGGCGGGGACAGGGAGAACGAGGCUUCUCAGGCGGAGAGAUACGCCAAGGAGGACCGUGAGAAGCACUCACAGUUUGAACUGUAUCAGUUGCAGAAGCAUGCUUUCUGGCCCAGCGUCUUUGAAAUCGCGAAUCCUUGGACUUGGGUCGUUGCUAGUGUCGGCGCCUUGGGAGCGGCUGCUACAUGGUGGGCUGAGUCGAAGCUCGGCGAGGCCGUGAUGGCGGUCAAUCCUGUUGAUCCGAAGAUAGGAGAGGAGCUUGCAUCUCUGGCCUAA